AUGCUUGUCACAAGGCAGUACGAAACAGAACAUAGCCGUUGGCCAUUCAGCAGAUACGAGGCAUCUCUUACUUCGGCAAGCCCUCGCAUGUCUAACCCUUACGAUGUCAAUGUCGAGCUGCCGGCCCCUACGAGCUGGCAAGCACACAAUCCAACUGCUUCCCACGGUGGUAGUGGACCUGCCCAACAACAUCCUUCACGGAACGAGGCCCCAAGACUUUCCCUAAUGCGCCAUCCAGGAGAAAAUAGAGGCAAUGCCCUGGGAAUUCACAUGAGGCCCGGAACGACUCAGAUGUAUUCAUCCCAUCUCCAAAGGAUAGACCGAGGUGGAAUUCCAUUGUCAGGGCCCAGGGACUUGGCCCUUCAAAAUGAUGGCUACAGGAUGAAACCCAGUACCGCAGAUAUCGAGGACGUGAUUAGUUCAGGGCUAAUCAACACCCCAAAAACAGCCACUAACAAUACUUUCUUGCCACAAAGUCGCCAGAUAGACGACCUCUCGUCCACCCAAUCCAGCCAAAGAGCAAGAGUCGACUCGCCACAGGACGAAGAGGACGACGACCUCGAUGAUGACGAUAUGCUUGACGGGGAGGGAGAGAACUCGGCUCAAACUCCGGCAGAAAGGGCGGCUGCUCGACGUAAAAUGAAGCGAUUCAGACUCACCCACCAGCAAACACGAUUCCUUAUGAGUGAGUUCGCAAAACAGCCUCAUCCAGAUGCGGCACAUCGUGAGCGGCUCUCACGGGAAAUACCUGGCCUCAGUUCACGCCAGGUCCAAGUUUGGUUCCAGAACCGACGUGCCAAAAUCAAGCGGCUGAAUGCUGAUGACCGCGAUCGUAUGAUAAAGAUGAGAGCAGUCCCUGAGGGGUUUGACAAUGUCCAGGCCCUCCAUUCCCCCUACGGGGCAGUCCAUGGCAUGAAUGCUCCUAUGCCCUCACCAGGGCACUUCAGCACACAGUCGUAUGCCCAGCACAUGAUGAGACCUUUGAUCGUCGACGGACGAAGGCAUGAUACAAGCGAGCAUGCUUCUCCAACCGCAAUGACCCCAGGAUUUGGUGGGAUGGGGUACAGCCCCGCCGGUAGUUUGACAAGCUCUGGUCUUGCAUCGCCGCUUUCGCCAGCUCCGAGUGACCGAUACCCCUAUGGCGGCCACUUCACAGCUCCUCUUACUGGAAGCCCUAGGACAUCACACCCAUUUGCGCAACACCACGGGCUUGGAACUCCUGUUGAAAUCCAUCGAUCGAGCCCCCAGCCCAUCCCGCCUCUGCUUCGCGACCCCCUAUGCAGGGCCAGAUCGGAAUCCUCACAGUCGCCACUGCGACCCAACAUGCCAUGGAAAGGGGAUGCAGUUGACUAUUCCUACAGGGGGACGAACACGAGCCCGAACCUCUCAGACCGACACCCACCUCUUUACCACCCUGCACCACUCGACAACCCCUCUGGUGCCAUGAGUGGCUACGAUGUGAACUCAGUUCCCAGCUCCAGGGCUCCCCCCGAGAACCAAGUUCACAGAACAGAAAUUUGA